AUGUCCAGAGAAAGGGACAGAUCAUUUGAUGAGAUAGGGAAGAAGAUCAAGAGAGAGAUCGAUGCAUCUUCUCAAAUGGGAAGGAGACAUAUGUUGGGUCUUCCAGGGACAUUGAACACUGUCACCCCUUGCGCUGCAUGUAAGCUUUUGAGAAGAAGAUGUGCUGAAGAAUGCCCUUUUUCCCCCUAUUUCUCCCCACUUGAACCCCAGAAAUUCGCUGCUGUUCACAAAGUCUUUGGUGCUAGCAACGUUUCCAAGAUGCUCAUGGAGGUGCCGGAGAGCCAGAGAGCCGAUGCAGCGAAUAGUUUGGUGUAUGAAGCAAACGUGAGGCUUAGAGAUCCAGUAUAUGGAUGCAUGGGUGCAAUUUCAGCUUUGCAACAACAGGUUCAAUCUUUACAGGCUGAACUUAGUACAAUAAGGGCUGAGAUAUUGAAAUAUAAGUAUAGGGAAGCUGCAAAUAGUUUAAUUGCUUCCACUCAGCCUGCUUUGGUCUCCUCUGGGGCCGUGUUGGAUGCGAGGGCCCCGCCAGCUGCUCCACCCACCCCUCCUCCACGACCUCCUCCUCCACCGCCACCGUUGCCUUCUGUCAUUGUUUCUGCUUCCUCUUCUGCUGCUUUGUAUUCAUCAAAUUCGAUCACUGCAAGCUUUGACACCAUCCCAAAUAAUAACACUUCAUACUUCAACUAA